CGCCUGUUGUCAGGCUCCGCCCUCUACGUGCGUCACGACGUGACGUUCCGCCCUUCUGCCAUUCUCGCCAUCUUGAUUACCUCGUGUUGAAGCGGAGCUGCUCGGUCCACUAUGAAUCAGGAAAAACUAGCAAAACUUCAGGCUCAGGUCCGGAUAGGUGGUAAGGGCACAGCCCGCAGAAAGAAGAAGGUUGUACACAGAACAGCAACAGCAGAUGACAAGAAACUUCAGAGUUCUCUCAAGAAACUGGCCGUAAAUAAUAUUGCUGGAAUUGAAGAGGUAAACAUGAUUAAAGAUGAUGGCACGGUUAUCCACUUUAACAAUCCCAAGGUCCAAGCAUCCCUCUCCGCCAACACAUUUGCCAUUACCGGCCAUGCGGAAUCCAAGCAGAUCACAGAAAUGCUCCCAGGGAUCCUAAGUCAGCUGGGUGCUGACAGCCUCACAAGUCUCCGCAAGCUAGCUGAACAGUUCCCUCGGCAGGUAUUGGAUAGUAAGGCACCUAAACAAGAGGACAUAGAAGAGGAAGAUGACGAUGUCCCUGAACUUGUAGAGAAUUUUGAUGAAGCAUCGAAGAACGAAGCAAAUUGAGAAAUGUAAAUCCUUGGAAGUUGACAUGGACUUGAUUUUAACAAAAAGCGAAACAAAAUCAGCUGUGUGGUUCCAAAGUUUUACCAUGGAACAUCAUGUGUUAAUAGUUCCAUAAUAUAAAUAUUUUGUAUUUUAACAGUGCUACUGCAGCAUUUUUCUUGCUGUUUAUUUUGCGUUUUGCACUUCCCUCCCAGGACUUUUGGACAAAGGUGGGGAAAAAAAAAAAAAAAGUAAUCGCAACGUUUUGUGUCUGCUCCACAUAGCUGCUUGGUGAGCCUUAAAAGCUCUAGUAACACUUAUAUUGUUUCCCUAUUCCUGUAGACCUAAAGGAAAACUUCUUAAAAUUGUUUUUCCCUAAA